AUGAAUCCCAAGGCAUCCAUUGUAUCGAUAUUUUUUUUUACCCUCCUUCUCGCAACUUUUUAUCAUGCCGAUGCCACAACCACACUUACAGUUGAUAACAACCAAAUUGACGUUGUAAAGUCAUUAAAAACGACGGCCCUAUUCAUUGAGGCCCUAUUACUUGCAUAUAUUCUUUACAAGGCCACAAGCUUUUCUGUUGCGAAAAAAUCGACAGGAUUCGUUUUUAUUACUGUGGCCUUUUCGGGCACGCUCUUCAUGUUUUUCUCUGGCAAUGCCUUAUUCUUAGAAUGCGCCAUCUAUCAAGUUCCAGUUCUUGGUUAUUUACUUCUAAUAUAUCAUUGCUAUGAGAGAGUACUUCUAGGCUCGUCAAGCACCUCAGUUACAAUCAGGCAUAAUAGUGGCCCCAUAAUUGCCAUUCAACCCGUACCAUUAUCUGGCAGUGCUAUGGGCUUUAAUUUCCCACAAACCAAAAUGGGAAUUGUGAUAUCAACCAUGCUAGCUGUGGUUAUUGCGGCAAUUUAA